AUGAGCAGUGAAAAACGCCAUGCUCGAAUAAAGGCAUCAUUAUGCGACAUUCGCCACAAAGUUACAACAAAUUUAUGCAAUAAGCAAAAUCAUAAAUGCACUGAUCUAGUAGCUUUAUCGGUUGAAAGAGUUGAAACUUGGACAGAAUCAAUUGUUGCGCUUUGCAAUGAAUUGGAGCUGUUGGUCAGUGAUGAGAAAAUUUACAAUCAAGGUAUAUCAACAAGCCAUGAAUUUUUUAUUAAUCAGUACGUGGCUCUCAAUGAUACUGUGCGACGACUUAAAUGGGAACUAAGAGAAAAACAAAUACCUGAAAAUUCAAAAAAAUUGCUGAAACAAGAGUUAAUUUCUAUAAAAGAUCCAGAAGAAAGUACUUUUAAGAAAGAAUCACAACCAGAAGAGACUUUCACUGAAGAACUAGAAACUGAAAAUACUCAAGUCAAGGAACCAGAAUUAGAUAUUAUUCCUAUUAAUGAACCAGGGCCAGCUCAAAAAAGAGUUCACUUUGAAGAUAAAAAUCUCAAUGAAUCUAUCCAAUUUGAAAAGCCAGCAAAUCGUCAAGUCACAAAGUAUAUUGAUGUCAAGAUUCCCGGGUUGCGUGCAAAAAAUAACACGCGAAAGUUAAGUGCCACUCAAGAGUGGGCAGUCAAUACUGGUACGGUAAAUUUGAGACGAGGUGUCAACCGAUAUUCAAGCAUUUUUUCUCAUGAAUACCAAUUUACCGAUUCUGGACUUGUUCGGCUGCAACUUAAAGAAGGAGCUGAGCUGACCCAAGCUGACUACAAAAAGAUGCCAGCAACAUGGACUAUAGAUUUGAACAAUAAUUUAGCAUAA